CAACUAUGUUCAAAACAUUCAUGGAGGUGCAUGAGAGUGAUUGUAAUCGACUAACAAUUGACGUUUUAAUGUAUGCCAACUAAUACUAAAAGGAUGUCCGACUUGGUAAACAAACGGUGGGAUAUUACAUUUCCAAUGAUUGUUCUGUUUGGUGCAGAAAAAACAAAAAGGAUGAAUAUUAGAGGAUAUAUAACUUCCGCAUAAACAGUCCGUCAAAAAAUGAAUGAAGCUUAACCUAUCCUACAAACGCAUGCAACAUGUCUGGUCAUACACUGUUCGUAGGGGAAGGGAAUUUUUCAUUUUCUUCAGCUCUGAGCAAACUUUCACCGGAGAACAAAAUAACAGCCACUUGCCUUCAGCGGCAGGAAGACGUCAAGCAUGAGGGAGCUGCUGCUAAUAUACAGAUGAUCAGGGAUUCGGGGGGGACUAUCCUUUUCGGGGUAGACUGUACGAGGCUGGAAGAAUGUGCAUCUCUUCAGGGAGCUGUGUUCAACCGUGUGAUUUUCAAUUUCCCUCAUUGUGGUCGCAAAAGUGGCGUCAAGAAGAACCGGGAACUUCUUAAAAAGUUCUUCCUCAGUUGUGUCAAGGUGCUGGAUGAACAUGGAGACAUCCAUGUCGCCCUAUGCAACGGGCAGGGUGGGACUCCAGCUGAUCAGCCAAUGAGAGAGUGGCAAAAUAGCUGGCAGGUCGUCGCUAUGGCGGCAGAAGCAGAUCUCGUCCUAAGCAGUGUCCAACCGUUUAAGAGUGAGGAGGUCGAGAGCUACAAGUGUACUGGAUACAGGAGCCAGGAUAAAGGCUUCCAUGUGGAGAAUGCCUUGGUUCAUGUGUUCACUCGUAGCCACCCGUACACCACCCCGGUGAGGGUGACCAUGAAGGAGAUAGUCGGGGACCAGAGAGUCCAGUACUAUGUACCUAUAGAACUCAGUGACUUUAUGACAAGGGAUUUCCUCUGCAUUGACUCUGUCCAUCCCAUCAAAUUGGUCCAGGACUAUGUUGUGAAUGGAUUAGAGGAGAGAUGUUGCAUCACCAUGGCAACCAAGCCACCUCCAUUCCUCCUCAACUCUGAACAGCGGCAGACAGCAUCCUUAGAUGGAGACGACGUCACUGAGAGUCACUGCUACGAGAUACAGCUGCUUCGCCAAGAACCUCUCACACAGAGAGUCAAUGAGACUGAGCUAAGGUGUCAGUUGGCCUACUUGGACCUCAAGGAGAAACACACGGACCCAAUUGAGUCAUGUGUGAAGAGCGGUUCCACAACGGACACGGCCGUCCCAAACAAGAGCAAAAAUGGAAGGAGCAUGGAGAGACUACAUGUAAACCCAACAGGUGAAUACAGACCAGACAAAGCCACCCCAGAUCUACACAAACCAAAUGAAGACCCAUCUGGUGUAGAAAGACCAGAUGUAGACACAGAAAAGGGGAGUGUUGGUGUUUUUUUUCGUGCUUCGCCCAUCACUCCUCCCUCAGAUGGAGGAGAUGACGGCGAGACGAGGGGAAGCAAAAGAACGAGGAGACCUGCAGACUGGUAAAGUUGUUUCAGUUGAGGAGCAGAUUGAUGGAAGCCACUGCCGCGAGAAUACUGGUGCUUCCAUUGGUCGCAUGUUUGGCAUCAGUGGGCUUGUUUUCCGAGAUGUUCCCAUCAGCCCUUGGGCCCCGCCCGUCUUUCACCAGCUCCUGCUCAGGGGGCUGUUCCCAGCAGCUUGUCAGCCUAUCACGUCGCUCGGGCAAACACUGGAGCGUCUGCUCUCUCCCCAUGGGGUUUCCGUUGUUAAGGAAGCCGGGUGUUUGUACCUGACCGCGCAGCCUA